AUGCGAUCCUCGACGCUGCUCGACGCCUUCCGUGGCCUCCAAGUCUCGGCCACCUCCGCAGCGAGGACGCUUGCCACCCCAGUCCGACCUCAAUUGGCGCGAUCGGCCGUCGCCGCUGCGCUGCGCGAUGUCCGCCCUUUCUCGUCAACACCAGCCCGCGAGGGCAACUGGCUCGAACCCUCGAUCGACCGAACGAAGAAGAUGAUGAAGGGCAGGCCGCGCGUCGCGACGGGAGGCUCUGUAAAGGGCACGACGGUCAUGUGGGGUGACUAUGGGCUGCGCAUGAAGGAUCACCACCGCCGCAUCAGCGCCAAGCAGCUCAAGAACGCCGAAGACACCAUCAAGACGAGACUCCGUGGAACAAAGUACCGACUGUACAAGAGGGUGGCAUGCAAUGUGGGCGUUUACGUCUCCGGUAACGAGAUUCGUAUGGGUAAGGGCGGCGCUCCGUCGUACGAUGGGAGAAGUACUCGCCCAACCUGCGCCUCAUCCUCCUCGGCCAACUCGACGGCAAACAUCAUCGCGCCCAUCCGUUCGCGAACGCUGCUCGUGCGCGUGGCGGCGCCGACGCACGCGGAGAUUUGCGACGUGCUGGGCCAGAGCGCUGAGAGGGAGGGCUGGCCUGUGGCUAAGGGGUUGCACAUGAGGAUAGCGCAGGAGAGCGGGAGGAAUCUGCGGCGGGCGCUGCUCAUGUACGAGGCUGUGCAUGCGCAAAAUGAGAAAGUGACAGACUCGACGCGGAUCCCACCACCCGACUGGGAGGCCCUUAUUGGGCAAAUCGCAAAGGAGAUCAUGGAGGAGCACACGCCGGCGCGCAUUCUGCAGGUACGCGCCAAGCUGUACGACCUGCUGACGCACUGCAUCCCGGCGACGACGAUUCUCAAGACACUCACAUUCAAGCUGGUGGCGAUGAUCGACGACGCGCUCAAGCCCGAGGUCAUCAAGUGGUCGGCGUACUACGAGCACAGGAUCCGGAUGGGCACCAAGGUCAUCUUCCACCUCGAGGCAUUUGUGGCCAAGUUUAUGAGGAUCAUCGAGAUAUACCUGAUGAGCAUGGAUCUGUAA